AUGCCCGAGCUAGCGGAAGUGUCGCGCAUAGUUCAUUUCCUUCGCCAACAUCUCGUUGGCAAGACCCUCUCCAAGGUGUCUGUGCAGAAUGAUGAUAUCAUCUAUGGCAAAGCCGGGACCACCGCCGCUGAGUUUCAAAAGGCAAUGGAAGGGAAGAAAGUGGUCGGUGCCGGACAACAGGGCAAGUACUUUUGGCUUGCCAUGUCAUCACCGCCUCAUGCUGUAAUGCAUUUUGGCAUGGCGGGCUGGCUGAAAAUUCGAAAUGCCGACACAUAUUACUAUCGGACAGACAAGCCGGAAGAUAAGGAGUGGCCGCCCAAGUAUUGGAAGUUCUUGCUCGAGACCGAUGAGGACCCUAAGACAGAGGCUGCUUUUGUUGAUUUUCGCCGACUUGGGAGAAUUCGACUGGUGGACUGCCCUGCAGAAGAGAUCCGCAAAUACAGUCCACUGAAAGAGAAUGGGCCGGACCCAGUUGCAGAUAAAGAUAUUGUGACGGAGGAGUGGCUAGCAAAGAAGCUAAGGAGCAAGAAGGUUCCCGUGAAAGCCCUGCUCCUCGACCAGGCGAAUAUAAGCGGGAUUGGGAACUGGAUGGGAGACGAAAUACUGUAUCAUGCCAAGAUUCACCCUGAGCAAUACAGCAACACUUUGAAUGAUGACCAGAUCAAGGAACUCCACUCCGCACUACACUACGUCUGCUCAACAUCUGUGGAUCUACUGGCGGAUUCUGAAAAGUUUCCGGCCGACUGGUUGUUCAAGCAUCGCUGGAGUAAAGGCAAGAAGAAUGCCUCAUGUAUGCUGCCAAAUGGGGAAAAGAUUACUUUCCUUACGGUUGGCGGCAGAACCAGUGCAGUGGUCCCAAGCGUGCAGAAGAAGACGGGAUCAGUAGCCAAAGAUAUCAGCAGCGACGAUGUUAGCAACGCGCCAAGUAAGUCUAAGCGGAAGCGGGCACCAGCAAUAAAGGAAGAGAGCGAGCCCGACACCAGCGAAGAGGAUGCCAAACCCAAGAAAACGGAGCCCAAGAGACAAAACAGGAAAUCUAUCAAGACUGAAGACGAAGAUGAGGCGAAGACUAAGCCGGUAGAAGCCGAGCCCUCCAACAGGAGGCGCUCGAGCCGGCUUAGGAAAUAG